AUGGGGAAGCGAGAUAUUUCCGACGUCGUCGCCGCUGACGACAAGUCUGAGCUCUCGAGGAAGAAGAGUAAGAAGGACAAGAGCGACAAGUCGAAGAAGUCUGCUGCGAUCGACGCGACCGAGACGAAUGGCGAUGCGCAAGUCAAUGGCAAGAGCGUAGACAACUCGGAGGACGAGGAGAAGCGCGCCAAGGCCGAGAAGAAAGCUGCGAAGAAGGCGAAAAAGGAAGCCAAAGAGGCUAAGAAGGCAAAGAAGACAACGGACGCGGAUGCCACUGAGCCCAGCGCGACUGUGGUAGAGGAGGAUGAAGACGCCGCGAAAGCUGCAAGGAAGGCUGCGCGCAAGGCAGAGAAGAAGAGCCUGAAGGAGUCGAGCAAGACCGAGGAAUCCGUCGCACCGUCUUCCAAGUCAACACCUGUCACGAUAGGCUCAUACCAGGAGGACGCAGAGCUGUCGCAGCUUCCCCAGGCAGAGAUCGACGCCUUUCUCACCAAAAACGUCGUCACGAUCGAUGAUCCCAAACCUGCCGUUCGCAAACUCCGCCCGAUCACAAACUUCAAGUACCUGCCUAUCACGGACAAAGCACAACGGGCGCCGUUCGCCAGCUUCACUACACCUACACCUAUCCAAGCCGCGACAUGGCCUUCUCUGCUGUCAGGGAGGGACGUCAUCGGAGUCGCAGAGACUGGAUCUGGCAAGACGUUGGCUUUCGGUGUGCCUUGCAUACGCUACAUCUCAUCUCUACCCCAGGACCAGCGUGGGGGCAUCAAGGCCGUCAUUGUAUCUCCGACGCGCGAGUUGGCUGUCCAGAUUCACGACCAAUUGGUCGUACUGGCUAAGCCUGCUGGGCUCGAGGUUGUCUGUGUCUACGGAGGCGUGCCAAAGGACCCUCAAGUUUAUGCUUGCCGCAAAGCAUCCAUCGUCGUCGCUACGCCUGGUCGUCUUAACGACCUCAUUGGAGACGGCUCUGCAGAUCUUAGCAAGGCCGUAUACGUCGUUCUCGAUGAAGCCGACCGGAUGCUUGACAAGGGUUUCGAGGAACCCAUUCGCCAGAUUAUCUCGUGCACGUCCAAGAAGCGUCAGACGCUCAUGUUCACUGCCACUUGGCCGCCUUCCGUCCGCGAAUUGGCUUCCACUUUCAUGAACUCACCGGUCAAGGUCACCAUUGGCGACAAUGCCUCUGGUGAGCUGCGUGCCAACGUGCGCAUUAAGCAGGUCGUAGAAGUCAUAGACCCCCACGCGAAGGAGCAACGCCUCCUCCAACUUCUCAAGCAAUACCAAUCUGGCAAAGAUAAGGAUGACCGUAUCCUUGUGUUCUGUCUCUACAAGAAGGAGGCUGUCCGUAUUGAGGAAUUCAUCCGCAGGAAGGGCUUCCGCGUCGGCGGCAUCCACGGUGACUUGAGCCAAGAAAAGCGUAGUGCCUCGCUAGCAGCAUUCAAGGAAGGGAAAGUGCCGCUUCUCGUAGCUACAGAUGUAGCUGCACGAGGUCUGGAUAUCCCAGCUGUCAAGGUGGUCAUCAACGUCACCUUCCCGUUGACGGCGGAAGAUUACGUCCACAGGAUUGGCAGGACGGGUCGCGCCGGCAAGGAGGGUCUCGCGAUCACGUUCUUUACGGAUCACGACAAGGGUCUUUCUGGAUCGUUGAUCAACGUCCUCAAAGCUGCGAACCAACCCGUCCCCGAAGAAUUGAUGAAGUUUGGCACCACGGUCAAGAAGAAGGGCCAUGACGCGUACGGUGCUUUCUACAAGGACGUUGACACCAUGAAGGCUGCGACCAAGAUUACUUUUGAUUAA